AAACACUUGGUCAGCGGGAAAUGUAAACCUUCCUCAGACCACGAACUUAUAUACACGUCCAUGCUCAGACUUUCAUUCUCUCUGUGAAGCGUACCCUGUGUUACUAGACAUAUAAACUGACCAUGCCUCCAAGAAAGAAAAGAAAAACUGUUGAUGUAGAAAGGAAACUGCAUGAUAAACAAUCAGAAGUGCCACCUAAAUCAACAAAAAGGUCAAGAGGGAAAGAUGAUCAGAAGACCAUCAGCUCUGACUCCAGUGCGAGAAAACUUGUUUAUACUCACUGGCUCCUCAAGUCAGAACCAGAUUCGCGUAUUGAAAAUGGAGUUGACAUGAAGUUCAGUUUUGAUGAUCUGAAGAACCGUCCAAAUCAAACAGAGCACUGGGAUGGAGUCCGCAAUUACCAGGCACGCAAUUUUCUUCGUGAUGAAAUCAAAGAAGGACAUGAAGUAUUCUUCUACCACAGCAAUUGCAAAGAACCAGGGAUCAUUGGAAUCUGCCAGGUGGUUAAGUCUGGGUAUCCAGAUCAUACACAGUUCGAGAAGGAAAAUCCGCAUUUUGAUAGCUCAAGUAAACACGAUAAUCCAAAAUGGUACAUGGUGGAUGUCAAGUACAAGUCUGCUCUGGAUCGUUUUGUUUCUCUGUCUGAAUUGAAAUCUAUCCACAUGAAGCAUGUCAAAGAUGGAGGUCCUCUCCAAAAUAUGGCACUUUUCACGCGGGCACGCCUUUCUGUUCAGCCAGUUUCCCAAGAUGAAUGGGAUUUCAUUAUCAAUCUGUCCAAGACUUCACUUUGAUGUUGGAAGUGAGACUAUUCAAUCUGAGAAGACCUGCAUUUUGAUUCUUUUUUGCAAAAAUGUUUCUUCUGCAAAAUGAUCUUAAUAAUAUACUUUGUUUAAUUUGUGAUUUUAUCUUUCUUAUUUUACAGCAUUGUGUUUGUAUAUUACUUUCCAUUCAUGCAUGGAAUUUUCUUUCCUAAUGGAAAAUUGAAAGUUAGUGUUUGUGUUCUUGAUCAGAAGAGCUUGAGAGGACGCAAGAUUACAUAUUGCCAGCUGUGAGUAGUUUGUAACAAAACUGCAAUUACAUGCCAGUCAAUCAUACUGCAUAAUCAUUUGUGUAGUUUGUAACAUAAAUGAGACUAUUUGAAUGAGAGGGUUUUGUAAUUUUUUGUGCAAAUGAAUUGGUUUUAAAAAUAAACUGCAUAAAUAUC